AUGCAGGGCGUCAACACGACGGCCAACUUGAUUGGCGUGCAGGAGACCCCCAAGGCGGCCAGCCAGAUCCGCCUGGACUUCUCCAGCCUGCUGGGCCCCCUGUUCUUCACCUGGGUGGUGCAGAUGCUGCUGCCCAUAUUCCUGAUGCAGCUGGUCUACGAGAAGGAGAAGAGGCUGCGCAUGAUGAUGAAGAUGCACGGCCUGGGUGACGGGGCGUACUGGCUGGUGACCUACACCUGGUUUUACGCGCUGUACGUCCUAUACAUGAUUGUUUUCAUCGUGUUUGGGUCCCUCAUAAGGCUCAACAUGUUCAUCAAGAACAACAUCGGGGUGCAGAUCCUCCUGUACGCCAUCUUUGGCCACAACAUGAUCGCGCUCAGCUUCCUCCUCUCCUGCUUCUUCUCAUCCGCCAAGACGGCCACCAUAUUUGCGUACCUGGUUGUCUUCGGGACCGGCCUCAUCGGCAGCCUGCUGCUCGCCAGGCUCAUGGGCGCGGGGUUCUGGUGGAUGACGAUUGUCGAGCUGGUGCCGUCCUUCUCACUCUUCAGGGGCCUGUUUGAGCUGGGUGAGUACAGCUUCCUGGCAGUGUACCGUGACUCAUACGGCAUGAAGUUCUCCAACCUGUCAGACCCCAAGAACGGGCUGGUGGCGGUUUACAUCAUACUGGCCCUGGAGUGGUGGGUCUUCAUGGGGCUGGCCUGGUACCUGGAGCAGGUCUUUGCCAGCGGGACUGGAAAUAGGCGGCACCCGCUGUUUUUCCUGGACCGGUUCCGCAAGGCCCGCCAUGACGCCGACAACGCGCGGCUCAACAUCCAGGCUCAGGAGGUGGCCCCCGCGCAGGACGAAGCCGCGGACGUUGCGGCGGAGCACGCCCGUGUGUCUGGGCUGGUGGAUUAUGCCGGCAACCCCAUUGUUGUGAGGGAUCUCAAGAAGAUCUACCCGGGGCAGGACGGGCAGCCGCCAAAGCUGGCUGUGCGCCAGCUCAAUCUCGCGAUAGAGAAGGGCGAGUGCUUCGGCCUGCUGGGCCCCAACGGCGCCGGCAAGUCCACCUCAAUCAACAUGAUGGUGGGCCUGCUUGAGCCGACCCACGGGACCGCCCUCAUUGGCGGCUACGACAUCCGCAGCGACAUGGGCUCCAUCUACAGCCUCAUGGGGGUCUGCCCGCAGCACGACCUGCUGUGGGAGACGCUGACGGGGCGCGAGCACCUCACCUUCUACGGGCGCCUCAAGGGCCUGGACGGCAAGGAGCUCUCUGACGCGGUCGAGGACGGCCUGCGGUCCGUGAACCUGUGGAACGGCGGCGUGGGCGACAAGCAGGCGCAGCAGUACAGCGGCGGCAUGAAGCGGCGGCUGAGCGUGGCCAUCAGCUUCAUGGGGGACCCCCUGGUGGCAUACCUGGACGAGCCCUCAACGGGCCUGGACCCCGCUUCUCGCCGCAACCUGUGGGAUGUUGUCAAGAGCAACAAGGCCGGGCGCGCCAUCGUGCUUACCACGCACUCCAUGGAGGAGGCCGAGACCCUGUGCGACCGCCUGGGCAUAUUCGUGGACGGCCGGCUGGUCUGCAUCGGCAACCCCAAGGAGAUCACCAGCAGGUACGGGGGCUACCUGGUGAUGACACUCACAGUGGCGGCCGGCCAGGAAUCUCAGGCGCGCGCGUUUGUCGAGCGGCUGGCGCCCAGCGCGCGGCUUACAUACAGCGUCAGCAGCACCCUCAAGUUUGAGCUGCCCAGCGACGAGGUCUCGCUCAGCGGCGUGUUUGCUGCCAUGGCCGACGCCAAGGCGGACACCAGCGCCGGCCGACUGCAGGUCCUGGACUGGGGGGUGGCCAAUGCCACCCUGGAGGAGGUGUUCAUAAAGUUUGCGCGCGCAAUAGGGGCCAAGGCCGGUGACUGA